AGCUGUACUCUAAUUCCCAUGAUUGAUCAUAGAAUGCAUGUGCAGGCGACCCACCAUCCACACCAAAAGAUUUUAAGUAAAUAGUACCCAGGGCCCAUGUAAUGAUAAAAACCUAACUACCGUGACCAAAAUUCACUCUGGAAAAGAAAUGAAAUGAAAUGAACUCAGUCAGUUCUUCGAGAAACUCUUCAUCGAAUCCGAAUAACGAUGUUUUUUAGUUUCUACGCACGCGUUUAAAGAUACCACCCAACGGCACGUGCUACUCCUUUUCCCAACUCGGAUUUGGUACGGUCAACAAUCAACAUUCAAUAUGUGCACGUGUCAGUCCAGACCAGACCGGCUCAACUCCCAGUCCCAUAUAUUUGGCAUCGUUUGCCUUUUCCUCUCUCUCUCUCUCUCUCUCUCUAAAACAAAGAACAUACUUACUUGUCAAUUCUGAUAGAGAUUGCUACAGACAUGGAAACAGAUAUUCCGGCGACUUACACGUACAUGGGACGGAGUAUCAACGAUGACUCCUCUUCGGCUUUCAGCGACUGCAACAGCGACAGAUCCGGCGAAUUCCCAACGGCUUCUUCCCUAAGCCGUGGCCUUCUGAUCGCUUGCGCUUCCGACAAUUCCGACGAUCUCAUUCGUCAGUUGGUUCUUCGUCUCGAGUCCUGUUCGAUUGAGGAACAGAAACAAGCGACCAUGGAGAUCAGAUUACUGGCCAAGAACAAACCAGAGAACCGCCUCAAAAUCGCGAAAGCCGGCGCUAUUAAGCCGUUAAUUUCACUUACAUCAUCGCCGGACCUUCAACUUCAGGAGUACGGUGUUACGGCGAUUUUGAAUCUGUCGCUGUGCGAAGAGAACAAAGAGCUAAUUGCUUUAUCGGGAGCGAUUAAGCCUCUUGUUGGAGCACUCAAGACAGGGACUCCAACGGCGAAGGAGAACGCAGCGUGUUCUCUGCUUCGUCUCUCGCAGGUAGAAGAGAACAAGGUGUCAAUUGGAAGGUCAGGAGCCAUUCCGCUCCUCGUGAACCUUCUAGAAUACGGAGGUUUCCGCGGGAAGAAGGACGCGUCGACGGCGCUCUACUCGCUGUGUUCGGUGAAGGAGAACAAGAUCAGGGCGGUGAAAGCGGGGAUUAUGAAGCCGUUGGUGGAAUUGAUGGCGGAUUUGGGAUCCAACAUGGUGGACAAGUCUGCGUACGUGUUGAGCGUGCUGGCGUCGGUGGCGGAGGCGAGGACGGCGUUGGUGGAUGAAGGAGGGAUUCCUGUGCUGGUGGAAAUCGUGGAGGUUGGGUCUCAAAGACAAAAGGAAAUCGCUGUCGUAAUUUUAUUGCAGAUUUGCGAGGACAGUAUGGUUAAUCGUAAGAUGGUGUGUCGCGAAGGAGCCAUUCCUCCAUUGGUUGCUUUGUCGCAAUCCGGCACCAAUCGCGCCAAGCAAAAGGCGGAGACACUAAUAGAGCUUCUGCGGCAACCAAGAUCCGGCAACGCCGCUGCCCGUACCCCAGAAAUGUCAGCAUAAACCGUACCGCCCAUGCUAUUGUGCCAAGCCAUGUACCCCAACAAUCGAACAGUGAAAUAGUUAAAGCAACAUCCAUCAUCCCAAGACAAAUAAAUCUUUGGGACUGCUUUAUCAAAGAUUUAGUGCAUCCUACCAAUAAAAAUAUUACAUGUUAGUUAAAUUUUUUUUUUCUGUUAAAUUUUUUCUCUUUCCUAUGAUGUAUAAUAUUUUCAUUAAUACGAUACACUGAAUCUAGGUACAGAAGUAAUACCAAAGAUUUAUUCU